AGCAAUCAACAGGGGAUCAGCUGUUCUGGCAUUAUCCUGUUCUACACGAGAAGGAAAAUGAAAACUUCUAGCAAAAUUUGUUCAAAAGUAACUUAACACGCAACAAGGAAAGAAACUUUUGUUUUGUUUGAGCACAUUUACUAAAGGACAAACAAAAUGGAUGAAGAUGAUAACUCUGCCCAGCCCACUUCAGCGCCAUCGGGAGAAAUAAAAGCCAUAGCUAAGGAUACAGUUCACAAAAUAUGCUCCGGCCAGGUUGUUCUCAGUUUAGCUGUGGCCGUAAAGGAGUUGGUUGAAAAUUCUAUAGAUGCAGGAGCCACACUCGUAGAGAUUAGGCUCAAGGAUCAGGGCCUGCAGGGUGUGGAGGUCAGCGACAAUGGCAGUGGAGUAGAGGAGACGAAUCUAGAGGCAAUGACUGCCAAGUAUCACACCUCCAAAAUACGCGAAUUCAUUGACCUAUUGGAAGUGGAAACGUUUGGAUUUCGUGGUGAGGCAUUGAGCUCUCUAUGUGCCCUUUCCGAUAUGACCAUACAAACCCGUCACAAGUCCACUGAUGUGGCUGUGAAAAUUGAACUCGAUCACGAAGGCAAGAUUAAAAAGAGAUUGCCCUGUGCCCGUGGAAUCGGCACCACUGUCAUCCUUUCCAAUUUGUUUUCCACACUACCGGUGCGUCGACGGGAUUUUACCCGCAACAUCAAAAAGGAAUUCAAUAAAACGUGCCAAAUCUUACAAGCCUAUUGCCUGGUCUCCAAGGGCGUUCGCCUGAUAUGUAGCAAUCAAACGGCCAAGGGAGUCAAAUCUGUAGUUCUCCAAACGCAUGGGGUAGACGACGUGUUGGCCAAUAUUUCGGCGGUGUUUGGACAACGUCAAGCAGCCGAUCUGGUGACACUUAAGUCGCCUUUUGAGAAGGGUGAACUGAGUGAGGCAGACUUAAGGAAUGAAUUGGAAUCAUCAGGCGAUACUACAACAACUCAGUUCACUGCUCAGGAUGUGGAGCAGUUAAAUCGCAAUGAAUUUCAACUGGAAGGCUUUAUAUCCAGCUGUCGUCAUGGAGCAGGCCGUUCCACGCGGGAUCGUCAGUUUUUCUUUGUCAACUCUCGUCCAUGUGAUCCUAAAAAUAUAUCCAAGGUCAUGAAUGAUGUCUACCAUCGUUUCAAUGCGCAACAACAGCCAUUUAUUUACCUAAACGUUGUGACUGCCCGUGCGGAUGUGGAUGUGAAUCUAACUCCAGAUAAGCGUCAACUUUUGCUUAACAAUGAGAAAAUCUUAAUAUUGGCACUCAAAAAGUCUUUGCUAAACACAUUUGGCUCUAUGCCAUCCACAUUCCAAAUGCAAAACACAACUCUCGUCAGCAUGCUGGACCCAAAACCAGCCAAAGAAGAAUCUCAGCUAGAUGACACUAGCACGGAUAUUGAGGAAGUUCCCGCUACCUCUUCGCAGCGAUUUAUGGAUGUGCUUACCCAAUGGCGACGCACUGGCGACACCAAAGGCACAGCUCCAAAAUCGUCGGUUAAGCGUCGUUGUUCUGAAACCGAUGAAAUUGCAGCCCGCUCCAUGAAGUUGCAAAAGAUUCAAAGCUUUCUUAGCCAAGAGCUACCCAAAGAGAACGCAAAAAGUUUCAAUGCAACUGAUGAAGGAGACCAGGCGGAGGAACAAUCCAAGUUAAAUGAGAGUUUUCUCAAUCUAAAACAGAUUCAAACCGAAUCCUUGGCCUAUGAUGAGGUGACGCAGCCAUCCCGCAUUGAUUGCAAGGUUUUGACUCCCAUAAAAACUCGACUAUCUAUAGCCGAAUCAAAGCCGUCGAUAAAACCCAAUGCCAAGGCAAAGGAACUCGUCCAACCAGAGAAUCCUUUGAAGAGCAAACCAAAUGAAAUCUCCACAGAUUCAUCGAAAGCUGUAGAUGAUCAAGAUGAGGACCACAUUGAAAUGCCCAAACGCAUUGAAUUUGAUGGGAACAGUGCGGAUGAGGAUGAAACGUCUGCCCUCAAUGUGUGCAGCGGGGAAUUGUGCACAUCGCUGGAGGAAAUUGCCGCUAGGUUAAAGGCCCAAGAGCUACGACAAUCAACAAAUAGAGCUCGCGCCAAGUUACAGCGCCUACGAUUCAAAACUGAAAUUAAUCCAACCCAAAACGUUAAGGCUGAGGCCGAACUUCAAAAGGAAAUUGCUAAGGAGGAUUUCGCUCGUAUGGAGAUCAUAGGGCAGUUCAAUUUGGGUUUCAUCAUUGUUAAAUUAGAAGAUGAUCUUUUUAUUGUGGAUCAGCAUGCAGCAGAUGAGAAGUAUAACUUCGAGACUUUACAAAAAUGCACCCAAUUGGAGUACCAACGUUUAGCCGUGCCCCAACCUUUGGAACUGACGGCUAUAAACGAGAUGGUAUUGAUGGAUCAUCUGCCCGUGUUUGAAAAGAACGGCUUUAAGUUUCAAAUCGAUGCAGAGGCUCCAGCUACUAAAAAGGUCCGUCUGCUGGGUAAACCUUAUAGCCGCAAUUGGGAAUUCGGAAAGGAAGACAUUGAUGAGCUGAUUUUCAUGCUGCAGGAUGCACCGGAGGGAACUAUAUGUAGACCCUCCCGCAUUCGAGCAAUGUUUGCUUCGCGUGCUUGCCGCAAAUCUGUAAUGAUUGGAAAAGCUCUCAACCGAAAGACAACUAUGAAAAGACUCAUCACACAAAUGGGUGAAAUAGAACAGCCAUGGAAUUGCCCGCACGGUCGCCCCACCAUGCGUCAUCUAAUCAAUGUCACGAUGCUGAUGGAUGAGGAUGAGGAACCACAACCAGAUGAGCAAAAGUAGAAGCUCCACGAAAAUGAAAUCCCCCACAAUAAAAAAGUAUUUAACAAA